UAUUGGCUGCGGGCCUUAUGCAGCUGCUUGUCAACAAGAUGGCCUUCCUCCUCCUUGCUGCUGCCGCUUGGACACUGAUUAUUUUGGUAUCCCCGAGAACAUACCGUAAAAGCUCGUGUCACUUCUAAAUAGAUAGCGGGAGAGCGAGCGCUCAGAGUCCUAACAAGGCGUACAGUCAGCUACACUUUGUCCAGACGACUGACAAGAGGCGCACAAGCCUCGGUAGCAGCCGUCAUCAUCGGACGAGCUUGAUAACAGAAAGUAGCUCCUGGCUAUUGUCGACGCUAGCUUAGCCUAGCUACGUGGACACGGAUAGUUAACUCGUGUCACCUGCAUUUAACCAGACCAACUAGUUUGGUCAGGGCGAAAUACAACGAGGAAACGUUUGUCAUCGACAGUUUCAGGGGCUGUCUGUUGAGACUGACGCUGCUGAGGUUGUAUGCCCAGUGUUGCCGGUGAGCUUGCCGACAGACAGUGCCCAUCAGGUCGGCACUGUGACGGGGAGCCCGACAAUGAGAGCUCUGGCUCUGGGUGUUUGCUGGCCAGCAUAGAUGCCGAUAUGCCCCGGUGGUCCGCAUCCUGAUGGACCGAGACACCUUCUCCCACAUCCGUCUGUGGUGCCCUCGCCCCUUUGGCACCUACUCCCAGAACAAAGCAAGGAGCCCGGGCUCAGGGGGCAGCAGCGGAGGCGGCGGUGGGACGGGGUCCCCCUCCCUCUGCAAGGCUGAGCCCUCUCCAGGUGCCAGAAGGACGGUGGAUGGAAGCGAAGAUGGGGGCAUGAUAGUGGGGGUUCAGGAAGAGAAUGGAGAAGAGGACGAUGUGGGCUCAGAGAACACUCCACCUGAAACUGAGCUCGUGUCCAGCUCUCUGACACAGAGCCAGGCCCCUCCUUCUUCUUCAGCCCCUCCUUCGCCACCCUCUUCUGGGUCCCAGAUGGAAGAUGGCCGCGUGCUGUUAGACACCUGGUAUGUCAUUAAGCCAGGCAACACCAAGGAGAAGAUAGCCUUCUUUGUCGCACACCAGUUCAGUGGAGCAGGCCAGCCCAGACCCAGCGCCAUGAAGGUUAAAGGUAACUGGGCAACUGACUGCAGUAAAGCCAAAAGACGAAGGCGAUGCUCAUCCUACGACCCUCCGACUCGCUCCCAAGCGUCAGAGCCGCACGUCAGCCAUGACUCCCCCGUCGCGCCUCCAGGCCCCGAUGAGCCACAUCUAGGAGGGGUGAGCGAGACAGACCUGCUGUCUGUGGCAGAGAUGGUUGCCUUGGUUGAACAAAGGACCGCCAUGGCCAUCCAGGGAAUUGUGGCUGCUCAUGGGAACCAACCCCACCACCAGCCCCCUACUACAACUACUACUAGUCAGGGCCUUACCCCCCACCAGCACACCCUCCUCCGGGGCACAAUGUCAGACCCCUCUCCUGUGGCGUUCGUGUCAGACAGUUCAAAUGGCCAGCCCUCCAAAGAGACCCAGGAGCCCUCGUCUCCCAUCCAGACAGACCAGGAGCUGGAGGAGGAGCAGCAGGAGUCAUGCAGGGUAGCCCAGACCAUUGCGCACUUUGAGUCCCAGAACUUGGAGAACCGGCUCCAUCUGGGUGCUGGACCUGCAACAGACUCUUCCACUCGAGACAGAGAAAAGGAGCGUAGGAGAGGAGGAGAGUCGGGCGUUGUAACCCCUCCUCCGCCCCCCAGCCACAGUCAUGGUGAGGUUAGGAUAGCUUUCCGAGUGUCAAAUCUGGACCCGCGGUCUCAGCUGGAGCCAGCUGGCAGGUCUCGCUGUAUGUUCAUGAGCUGUGGCGGUGGGGGUAACCAGGCAGCAGCCAGGGCCAAAGAGAAAAUCACCUGUGACCUCUACCAGCUCGUCAGCCCCUCAUCUAGAGACCCCAGUAGUUUGCUGCUCGCUGCCACAACUGCUGCCCCCAAAACAGAUGGAGACCUCCAUCACCCGGACAGGCAGGCCUGUGGCAGCCCGGACCUGACCCAGGAGCUUUCCUCUGGGGAGAAGAAAGCUGUGGGUAUGGGGCGAGAGCGAGUGACUGGCUUCCAUGUGGAGGUGGUGGUGACAGGUGCUGUGGACCAAUGUGUGUUUUAUGGCAAGGACAGUACAGAGAAUGUGCAGGAGGAGACGGUGUGUUUCGCUAUGCCGGGUGGGGGAGGGGGUGGUGGGGGUGUAGGCAGCUCCACGGACCCUUCAUCAGAUGAUCCCCCUCCUGGACAGCUCUUCUUCCUUCAGCCCCCUCGGGGCCCAGAGGAGGAUGUAAAAGGAACGGGCACUGGCAGUGGGUCAGGAAUGUGCUCUUUGGACUGUGCCAACAACAACAGUCCUGGGUCGGGUGUGGCAGUGGGCCCUGGGGAGCGUGCUCCUCGACCGGAUUCUCCCAGUGUAGGGGACGACUGUUCGGACCCUUCGCUCUGUCGCCUCUACCGCCAUGUGUCCCACGACUUCCUGGAGAUCAGAUUUCAGAUCCAGCGCCUCCUUGAACCACGCCAGUACAUGCUGCUGCUGCCUGACCACAUCAUGGUCAACAUCUUCAGCUACCUGCCGACCCGCUCGCUGGCAGCCCUCAAGUGCACCUGUCACUACUUCAAGGUGCUGAUCGAGACAUACGGGGUGCGGGCGGUGGAUUCCCGCUGGAAUCAAGACCCUCUCUACAGGGACGACCCCUGCAAGCAGUGUAAGCGGCAGUAUGAGCGCGGGGACGUUUCCCUCUGCCGCUGGCACCCCAAACCUUACCACCACGACCUGCCUUAUGGACGUUCCUACUGGAUGUGCUGCCGGCGUACAGACAAGGACACACCGGGCUGCCGCGUUGGGCUCCACGAUAACAAUUGGGUCCAGCAGCCUGCUGAUGGCUCUCAGCCCAUUCGCACCAAGAGGGAGGACAGGAGGGAGGAGGCCAGAUAGAGAGGACAGAGAACACCUCACACAUACCAACUAUCAUCUCCUCCUGCUCGCCUCCUUCCUUGUCCCUCUCAUCUGUGAGUAAAGAGAGGAGUACAUGGAGAAUUGGCACUCCAGGACUGUUUUUGUUUUUCUUUGCUCCAGCACUCCCCUCUCACACUUGCCCUCAGUUAGAGGGCGGUUGGGAGGUAAAGAAGGAAGAGAGGUGUGUCACUCUCCUUGCCUUUUGUGUUUCAAACCCUCCAGAAUCCUCCACUGUGCUCCAGAGUGGCGUCUUUUUUUUUUUUUAAAGGUUUGCAUACCGGGGUUGGGGUCCCCUCCUGCUGCUGUCAGACAGCCCUCUUUCUGCCUCUUACUCAUCCGGGUUUCUGUCUUAACUCCGUACACAGUCGUUAGGUAACUCAUGUGAAAACUUUGCAGUGUAUUUUGAUUGAGAUUAGCAUUCAUAAAGUGACGCAUAGAAAUGUAAAGCCCCAGAGCCUGCUUACUGUCCCCCCCCUCCCAAUACUUGUUCUGUGUUGUAUCACCAACCUCCACGUUCGCUGUACAAUGGUGCUUCGAGGAAUGAGCUGUGCUGAGUCCAACAGAUGUAAAAGUUUCCAGUGGUUGAAUGUUCAGCCUCGCUAUAGAAAUGUGAUUGUAUAAAGCAAACUUGAUUUUCCGUUGUACAUGAUCGCCAUUUGUACGUGUCCCGCGCUCGCCAUGCGUUUCUAUUUCUCUGAAUGUGCUGUAAUGUCGUACUAUGUUGAUUAGUCCCCUGAUGAUGCUGCUGAAAUCAUUGCCUGUGUCACUGACAUUAAUCCUGACAUAGCCAUACCAUUGGUUAAUGACAGGCACAGUCUCACCACACUCUGAGACCUGUUCUUGUCAUUGCUUCAGAGCGGACCCUAACCUUGCUGACCAGCCAUAAAGAGGAGUACUUUCUGGUUUACAGAGAAUUCUGGGAGAUGGACCAGUGGGAUUGAAUGGGAUUAAAAAAGAGAAACUUGAUGUCACUUUGGAAAGGCCUGAUGUCACUUUGUAUGGUUUGAUUGACUUUGCUUGUUUGCCAUUUUGGUUGUUUUUUUUGUUUUUGGUUUGGCUGUUUUAUUGGGAUGUGUGUCAGAGAAUGUUUGCUGUUGUAUUUGCUUUUAUUCUUGAGGACUGUGUUCUCCCCGUAUCGGUCUGUCACCCUACUCGACCUGCAAAGAUGUGUUUUUCGAAUACUCCAUCUUUGUUUUAACCUCCAGCUUCCCUUCCUCUCCACCUCCCCUCCGUCCUCCAAAUAUGGCAGAGAGGGCAGCGUUUGCCAAAGCCGUCGUUCAUGCUUCGAAGCGGGUGAAACCAACUACCACAGACAGCAAAAACUCUCUACACCAGCUUCCAGCCUUAAAAGCCCCCCUACCUCUUACCCACCCUGCAGGAGAUCGAGGUGUCAGAUACCUCACAGAUGAUCAAGAGUAUUGGGAGUUGCACAGGACCCUGUAAGCGUCUCAACUUAAGACGCUCGAUAGCCUCCACCCAGCUCUACUGGAUCCACCCAUAACUCUUCAGUGUGGGAGUGUAAGAUGAACAGUGCCUGGUGACGGCUCUGACUCUUCAUUCUUGGGAAAAAAAACCUCUUUCUGUCUCCACCACCCUCCUCAUUGCUGACCCCCCCCCCUGCAAACUGACAGACUGGACGUUAAAGAAACUGAUGUGAUGAAUGAUGCUGAAACUCUGCAUGGAGGUGGGAAGAUGGUUGGGUAGUCAUGGGAGAACUCUGUAGGUUCCAGACAUGUACAAUGCUAAUGGGAAAUAUCUGCUUAAAUAAAAACAGAAGUGAUGAUUAAAACUGGAAAUCUGAA